CCUCCAUCUCUCUCGUUGCGUCCCUUCAUUGCUUAUACAAAAAUCUCCAGUCUUUCUCUGUUUUGGUUUUAUCAUCAUCAAGAUAAGAUUGCAAAGUUGCAGAGAUGCCGAGCAGAUUCCCAGGAGCGAUGACCCAGGACUGGGAGCCUGUGGUGAUUCACAAGUCGAAGCCCAAGGCGCAGGACCUCCGCGACCCCAAGGCCGUCAACAAGGCUCUCCGCUCGGGUGCCCCCGUGGAGACCAUCAAGAAGUUCGACGCUGGCUCUAACAAGAAGAGCUCCUCUGCUGCAGCGCCGGUGGUCUAUGCCCGGAAGCUUGAUGAAGGGACCGAGCCUGCUGCCCUGGAGAAGGUCCCCGUGGAGGUGAGGCAGGCGAUACAGAAGGCCCGGCUCGGGAAGAAGAUGAGCCAGGCGGAGCUCGCCAAGCAGAUCAACGAACCGCCCAAGGUGGUCCAGGAGUACGAGAACGGCAAGGCUGUCCCGAACCAGGCGGUCCUCGCCAAGAUGGAGAGAGUACUAGGUGUUAAGCUCAGAGGCAAGAUUGGUAAAUAAAAAGCACGAUUUGAUCGUCGUGUAACUUCUUGUAAAUGCUCGCAUUUUGAAUCGUAAUGCGAAACAUAACUACUAUGUUUAUUCAGACCACAA